CCUGAAAAGAAGCUUGACGACAAGUCGGAAGACAAGCCCGAAGACAAUGCGGAUGAAAAGCCUGAGGACAACCCCGAAGACAAGCCCGAAGACAAGACGGAAGACAGGCCGGAAGACAAGCCCGAAGACAAGCUCGAAGACAAGCCUAAAGAGAAUCAGCAAAACAAGCCCGAAGACAAGCAGCAAACCACCCCGAAGACAAGCAGGAAGACAAGCCAGAAGACAAGCCUUAAUGCAAGCCGGAAGACAAGCCGGAAAACUAGCCUGAAAAGAAGCUUGAAGACGAGUCCGAAGACAAGCCUGAAGACAAGCCGGAAGACAGACCGGAAGAAAAGCCGGAACACAAGCCCGAAGAGAAGCCCGAAGACAAGCAGCAAGUCAAGCCCGAAGACAAGCCCUAAGACAAGCCUGAAGACAAGCAGCAAGACAAGCCCGAAGACAAGCCUGAAUACAAGCCGGAAGACAAGCCGGAAAACUAGCCUGAAAAGAAGCCUGAAGACAAUUACAAAGACAAGCCUGAAGACAAACCCGACGACAAGCCCGGAGAUAAGUCUGAAGACAAGAUGGAAGACAAGCCGGAAGACAAGCCCGAAGACAAGCCUGAAGACAAGCCUGAAGGCAAGCCUAAAGACAAGUCUGAAGACAAGUCUGGAGACAAGCCGCAAGACAAGCCUGAAAACAAGCCCGAAGACCAGCCCGAAGACAAGCCUGGAGACAAGCCUGAAGACAAGACUGAAGAAAAGCCUGAAGACAAGCCCGAAGACAAGCCCGAAGACAAGCCCGGAGAUAAGCCCGAAGACAAGCUGGAAGACAAGCCGGAAGACAGUUCGGAAGAAAAGCCCGAAGACAACCCCGAAGACAAGCCUGAAUACAAGCAGGAAGACAAGCCUGAAGACAAGCAGGAAGACAAGCCUGAAUGCAAGCCGGAAGACAAGCCGAAAAACUAGCCUGAAAAGAAGCCUGAAGACAAGUCCGAAGACAAGCCGGAGGACAAGCCUGAAAACAAGCCAGAAAACAAGCCCGAAGACAAGCCCGAAGACAAGCCUGAAGACAAGCCUGAAGACAAGCCUGAAGACAAGCCUGAAGGGAAGCCUAAAGACAAGUCUGAAGACAAGUCUGAAGACAAGUCUGAAGACAAGUCUGAAGACAAGUCUGAAGACAAGCCUGAAGACAAGCCGGAGGACAAGCUUGAAAACAUGCCCGAAGACAAGCCUGGAGACAAGCAUGAAGACAAGACUGAACACAAGCCAGAAGACAAGCCCGGAGACAAGCCCGGAGAUAAGCCCGAAGACAGGCCGGAAGACAGACCGGAAGACAAGCCGGAAAACUAGCCUGAAAAGAAGCUUGACGACAAGUCGGAAGACAAGCCCGAAGACAAUGCGGAUGAAAAGCCUGAGGACAACCCCGAAGACAAGCCCGAAGACAAGACGGAAGACAGGCCGGAAGACAAGCCCGAAGACAAGCUCGAAGACAAGCCUAAAGAGAAUCAGCAAAACAAGCCCGAAGACAAGCAGCAAACCACCCCGAAGACAAGCAGGAAGACAAGCCAGAAGACAAGCCUUAAUGCAAGCCGGAAGACAAGCCGGAAAACUAGCCUGAAAAGAAGCUUGAAGACGAGUCCGAAGACAAGCCCGAAGACAAUGCGGAUGAAAAGCCUGAACACAAGCCCGAAGACAAGCCCGGAGAUAAGUACGAGGACAAGCCCGAAGACAAGCAGCAAGACAAGCCCGAAGACAAGCCUGAAGACAAGCCUGAACACAAGCCUGAACACAAGCCAGAAAA